UGUAUCUUGAACAAUUUUCCACAGGUUUAUGAUGUCACCCCUUUUUUGGAGGAACACCCUGGGGGCGAUGAAGUGUUGCUAUUAGCAGUCGAGAAAGAUGCAACAGAUGAUUUUAAUGAUGUGGGCCACAGUGAUUCUGCGAAGGAGCAGAUGGAAAAAUUCUAUGUAGGCAAGGUUGACACAUCCACCAUACCAGAACAGCCAAAUUACAAGCUUCCUGCUCAAACAACUCCUCCAUCCGGGCAAUCUUCUGGAUUUGUGGUAAAGCUUUUACAGUUUCUGCUGCCCUUGUUGAUCUUGGGGGCUGCAUUUGCUCUGCAAUACUACGGGAAGAAGAAGUAGUUCAAUCAUCCAUCC